UCCAUGACACACACACACAGAUCAGACAAAUUAUAAAAUGAUAGAUAGCAGUGUUGGUUAUUUCUGACACAUAAAUAAACAUAACCUCAAAAUUGUUUUCACCCGAGAUUAUAGUUUUUUAUCCAGUAUCCAAUAUCAAUAAAAUGGUAGAAAUAGCAGAAAUCGUAUGAAUUAUUCAAUCACAACCAAAAAACUUUCACCAUGGGCGUGCGAGGCCUGACGACGUACGUGAAUUACAACCAAAACUUGUUCCUAAAAUACCACAUUUUACACGAUACAAAACUAGUGGUGGAUGGCCACAGUCUCUGCGCUCAGCUGUAUCGGAAACUAAACGGCUUCCCGGCCUUCGGGGGCAACUACGACCAGUACGCAGCCUAUGUAAAGAGGUUCUUUAAGAAUUUGCGCAAAUGCAAAAUAGAAUGCUACGUUCUGUUCGAUGGAAGUUACGAGACAAGGAAGCUGAAGACCGCCUAUGGCCGCCUCAGGUCUAAGAUAAAAGGUGCCUCACACUUGGACCCUGUCACUCAGAGCAGCCUGUCAAUCUUCCCGCUGUUUCUAAGAGACGUAAUGAAAGAAAUAAUGACCGAGAUGCAGAUUCUGUAUACAGUUUGCGAAUUCGAAGCUGACGAUGAAAUAGCAGCUGUAGCCCGGCAGCUUCAGUGUCCCGUGCUGAGCUACGACUCGGACUUCUUCAUUUACAACGUCAUGUACAUCCCGUUUAAUACUCUGGAGAUGAAACCCGAAUGUUUCGAGGAUGAUGGCAAAACGUUCUACGGGUUAGAAUGCAAGAUGUAUAAGGUGGAAUAUUUAGUCCAGAGUCUAGGUGGGCUUAAGGAGGAAUUGUUGCCACUGUUUGCUACGUUAAUGGGCAAUGACUACAUACAGAAAAAGGUGUUUAAAAACUUUUUUUCCCAAAUGAAAUUGGGGAAAGGCAGAAACAAGAACAACGAUUUACAAAGGUCAAUCCACGGUCUAUUCAAAUGGCUUCAAAAUGAGACUCUGGAGUCUGCUAUUGAGAAAAUCAUUGGCAGGAUAAAAAAGAAGAAAAAACAAAGAAUUCUUUACCUGAUAAAGAAAAACAUGAGUGCGUACAACUACAGACAGUGUAGAUCUCUACAAUUCUUUAAUAUAGUAUCUGAUAAUAACACUGAAGAAGAACUCAACAUACCUGAUGUAGUUGAAUGUGUAGAAACCGAGUCUGCUGAAGAGAAUGAUAGCUCUGGGUCUGAUGAUGAAAACAAUAGCUCUGAAAAUGAGGCUGAAGACGAAGAGGUGGAGGCGCAUGUAUCAGAAGUUGAUGAAAUUGUUACUAUUACUCCAGAGGAUCCAGUAUCCAGACUCCCUGCGUGGCUGGCUGACCGCAUUAGAACCAAUGUGGUGCCCAAACCAUAUAUCUGUCUCUACACUUUGCAUCUCUAUUUCAUGUUUCCACAAGCCGAAGACUAUAAUGACGAAGAUUCGUUCCUAUGUGUAUUAAGUGUUUUGAGAUACGCAUUUGACAUCCUAACAGAUUUCACUGAAGAAAACUUUUUGUAUGUAAGCAGAGAAAAGGAUAGCGAAUACAAAAGAGUUUGGAUCGGCACUGAUUAUGCCAUCCCUAGACCAGUGGAAACGAAUUAUGGUGAUAUGGAAGUAAAAGACCUGAACAUAUAUUUCAGGCAUUUCAUAGAGGUGAAACUUCCUGGUUUGAAUCUGGCAGAACUGGAUCCCUUGCCGUCCAACUUCCGGUUGGCGUUUUUGUCAAUACUAUUCUGGGUUGCCAACUGCCAAGUACCUACAGGAUACCUACACAGCCUGUUCCUAUCUUACAUCAUGCUAGAGGUGAUAGAUGAAAAGACUGGCACAUUUAGAGGCCACCACUUCUUCAAUACGAAGCACUCAAAGAAAUUAGAAGCAUUAAAAACAAAACCAAAGGAAAGCAUAGACAAAGAUGAGUUGCUUCUAAACAAGAAUAAAGUCGAAUAUGAAGACUGUUUGUUAGCAGCCAGCAUGCUUCUUCAACACUUUGAAAUAAGCAACGAAAUAAAAAAGAAACCAAAAAGUUAUGAUGUCAGAAAAGUUCACAAGUUCGCUCAAUUCCAGUGCUGCCUGCAACAGCUUAACUUUUUAAGCAUCUUAAGUGGUGAAUACUACGAAAAGACCCGCUAUUCCAAAUUUUAUAAUGGAACUUUUGUGUAUAAUGUUGCAACUAAACUGGAAAAUCAGAAUGAUCCCACCACGUUUGUGGCGAAUUGGUUGAAAGGUGCCAACACAGUGUUGACUUUUUACAAAAGUUUAUGUGUAGUUUAUGAGAAAUGUGCAAAACAACUAGGUUUAGAGACGCUAAGUUCCGGUGUUAGUAAGAGGAGGAGGGGCAAGAAAGUGUCCAAAAAUUAUUCUUUUAUUGUAGAAAACUUUGAAUCAGAAGUUGUUAUAUAAGUAAAAAGAUAAAAUAUGUUUCUUCUAACUAGUUAAAAAAUAAAAUGUUAUAUCCUUAGAUCUUAUUUUGAAACUUAAAAAAUAAAUAAAAAUACUGUUAAUGUUGUUGAGUACACUUUAAUUAUGUUUAUAAUAUUAAUCAUAAAGGCAAUAAUUUAAUGUAUAAAAUGCUUAUAAAUUAUAAACUAUACAUCAGAAAAAUAGUUUCUAUUGCUUUUUAUAAGGCGAUAACUACACGUCAUGACUUAAGUUAUGAGUUUGUAAGACUCUGUAAAAAUAUAUGGUUAAAUACAUGUUUUACAUAAUUUUUAAUACAAGGAUUAUUAUUUCUUAUAAUAAGACACCUAUUACAACAGCGGCACCCACACGGGCUCGAUAUCAAUGUCUAUAAACUAGUUUAAUGGCGAAUUGGGAUAAAGUGACGUUUAUCUACGUCGAUAAAGAACCCGUUCAGUGGCAGCAUGAGCUAAAGCGUACGUUACAUACAGCGCCAUCUAGCGAGCGGUGUGAACUGUGUGUGUAUCAUGAUUAUUCUCGACUUAAUUCGAUAGUAAUUCGAUAGUCAAGUCACUGGAAUUUGUACGCGUUUUAUUAGUUUCUAACGUUGCCGACAGGGGCGCUGAUCAAGAUGUCAAACAAAUGGCUAUCGACUUGAAUCGAAAAUACUCUUGAUUAGCACACUGAAGUAUGUAAAUAAAUA